ACAAAUAGGAUGGGGGAUUGGAACUGUACCGCGUUCAGUCAGCUUUCUCUGGAGACUCUGCUUCGUUUGACAUAUCACGUUUUGAAAACAUGAGUCUGUCUCCGUCCCAGGAAGAAGCUGCCUCUUCCUCUCCUGAGAGUCCCAGAGAAGGUGACUUCUCCUCUCGACAGCUUUCUGACAACUUGGAGAGCCUGGAGGAGCAUGAGACAUGUGACGACAAGAGAAGCCCCAUUGUUAAUAACGUACCCGACAACUACUCCAGCUCCCCUUCGGAAGCUCAGAUCUGUGCUUCGCCAGUGACAAAUGACCUUGAGAAUGUACGUGGUGGUAUUUCUUCCGAGGAGCAGAUUGAAGAAAGCGACUCGAGAGAACCAGAAGAUUCAAGUACAUCAUUGUUAGAAGAGAAACUCUCAGACUCACCACAUUUCAUGGUGGUCUGCUCACUGGAUGGAAGAUUUAUUACUCUGGUGAGCACUGAAACACAGACAGAUUGGGAGAAGGUGGAGCAGUGCUUCUCUUGCACCUGUCAAGAUCAAGAGGAAACAAGGACUUUCCAGAUAUGGCAAAAUGAAAUGUACAGGGACGCUGUCGUGGUGUAUUUGGAGGAUGCAGGAGAGGGGGAGUAUGAUAGAAUUUGUCUGGGACUCCCUCGUGUUCUAGCAUGCAGACGAGAGCCAAAAUUCCCUCCUCGUGUUUUCCAGCUGGAGAUUCCAGGAAUUAAGUUUAGGAGGAGGAAAAUUCUUCCUAAAAAAACUCCUGACAAAACUCUGUGUGAGUUCUGCCAGCAGCGUUAUCAACAUUAUCAGUCCAUUUCAUUCUUCAGAUCACUGAAAGAGGAGAUCCUCUUAGACAGAGACAUCUAUUAUGAGGAAACUAAAGAAUAUGAAGACAUCCUGCAAAAGGAAAAGGAGAGACUGGAACGGAAAUACUCUGGAUUGAUGACUGAUCAGGAAGAACCUGUAUCUAUGAACAAACAGGAGUGGGAGACUGAAAACGAAGGAUGGAUGAAAUAUUUGCAUCACCAGAGAAGGAGACGAUAUGAGAUCUCAGGCAUGUUUACAUUGCCAAGGGAUGUAAGAUAUGACCUUCUUGGUACUCCAGAGAAACCGCCUUCAUCUACCUUUGUUAUGUCAAGGUCGCAAGAAGAGCUAACUGGUGAACCGAAGACAACCGGUGUAAUACAAAAAUUGUACAAAACUGGGAACAUUUUCCUGAUCAAGUAUCCUGAUGGAUCAGGUACUGUUUAUUAUCCUUCUGGGAAUCCAGCCAUCGUAAUAUGCCCGGCAGAAUAUCCUCACUUCAUUUACAUAAUCCUAGAGGACAAGGUCAAGAAGGCCCGCAUGACAGGCAUCUUCACACCUAAAGGCUGCGCUACGUGCUACAGUUCCAAUGGAUUGAUGGGGUUGAACAUAACCCCUGUUGGAGGUUUGUGCUUCGACGAGAUGGGCGAUGUGAGGAGGCGUUGGAACUGGUUGUAUUUUGACCCACAUGUGCGCAACCUUCCAUUCAAGCCCCUCUUCUUCCCCAUGGGGUCAUGCAUCUGUCUCCACGUACUUUCGCAAGAGUAUGUGUAUGUUCACUUCUCAUACAAGGAAUGCCAUGUGCGUUUCAGCGUCGGCUCAGAGGUUAAGCUCACUUGCCCAGAAAGCCAUGGUACGCCAGGCCAAAGCAUUUUGGAGAAAGACAUCCAAAUACAGAAGACAAAGAUUUUCUGUCUGCUUGACCAGAUGGAAACCUGCUUGUCCCACCCGUUCGCAAACAUGCAGAACAUAAAGCCACAUUACCGUUUCAUCGCCCGGCUGGAACAGCUUACCAAGCAAGUGGAAAAAAGGAGGUCACUCCAAAACAUACAGCCCAAUGCAAAUUAAAGGAGCAAUACUAAACCCGGUUUUAUGAUUUGUGACAGUACUAGAGUUUACAAGAUUUCAAUAUGUUCAAUCUUUUGAGGAUCUUGUGUUGUGGAUUUUCUCAGUAGCGACAAAAGCAAAAAUGCCACCAGUCACACACAUAAAAAAAUAUCUAUUAUUUAUGUAUUAAUUAACAAAAUAUUUUUGUCUGUCUUUUAAAUGAAAAAGCAGUUGUUUUUUAUCUACGGUAAUAUCUGCCCAUCUACAUUCUGCAUUCUGGAUGAGACUCACUAUUCUGACAUGACAUGGCAUUUUGUUUAAUAUAAUAGUAAAGUUAAAACCAGAUAUUUACAACUCAGUGUAUAAUAUGUAAAUACCAUACAUACCAUACUUUGUGGUAAAUAAUUUGCUCAAUUAAUUUCAGCUAUCAAUUUAUCAAGUAAUGCUCAUUUCUACCACAUCUAGACAAAAUAAAACCGCUUACAAAAUUCAAGUAAUUCACAAAUUGGCAAGCAUCAAACAGUGUGCAGUGAACAUUGAAUUUCUGAUAUAGAAUUAUGUAUAUUUAUUUCUGUAACAUGUUCCAGCAUACAGUUGCACAAAUUGACAACAUUAUGGCUUAAUAUGCAAGCAAGUCUUAACUGGAGUCAGGUGAGUUUCAGUUUAUAUUACAGCCUAGUCUUCAGUUUCAAAACAACAGUUCACAUUUUUAGAGAAUAAACAAUGUAAGACCCAAACUGAACAAGUGAUCUCCUUACAGGAGACUGCUGUAAAAACCUGUCAUAACCAGUUUUGAGCUGCUUUUUACUGUGUCAGUCUGUUGCAAUUUGUCAGUGUAGACAUAACCAUGAUGAGAAAUUAUUUUUCCAUUUUCUUUGCUUAAUAACCCAAAUGUUUAAUGCCACUUUUCUUCAUUGCUAUGUUUGACUUUUUGUGUUUUUUGAGAUGCCAACAAUGUCUGUAUUUCUUAUCAUAGAACAAAAUGAAAAUAAAGAGAUUCUUUUGAUGA